AUGAACAACCUCCACGAUCAUGAUGUCUACGCCGAAGAGCUUUUCAAACGUGGCCAGGGAUAUCCUCUUUGGUGUCCAGAAUUGGGCAGGAACAACAACGAAAUUAUGAUCGGAGAUGUGGGUAUAGUCGACAAGGGAUCAUUCCGCCCUCUCUUUAAUGCCACACUUGAGAAAGACCAUCCGAUCAAUCGCAAAGGGGUGCCACAAGAUUUUCAAAUAUUUAACCCAAGUGCCGGGCUCGAUCCAGUGCCUGUAACUGAAGCAAUCCCAUCUGGCCCAUUCCACAGCGGUCCAUUUCGCGUAAUUCAACAGCCUAGUGAUAAUGCGGGGGCCUACCGCUUUGAAUGCACUGGUGACAGAGGUGCGAUACUCAUUCUCGGAUCUCCCGCAGUCCGAGAAGAGUUGCCGCAAGUCCGUAGGAUGAAGAAUUACAUGUCGAAACAUAUGCAGAAUUGGAUAGAAUUUGCUCAUGAUAGGGGCCCAGAAGUUCAGCCUGAGCACAUCUACUUCGUUCGAGGGUGGGUGAAGACGACACAAUGGGCAGUGGCAGCCUUGAUGCAGCAGGCAAAUGGUGCGGUGCUUCACUUCAACGGCCACUUUGGGAGCGAACGUGCUUUCACCUUGGAGAAUUGUGCGAGCUGGGGAUGCCGAUCGGGUCCGAAAGGCAGAAUCUUUACCAGCUCUGGAGCUGCAGACCAGUGCAUUUUUCUGCAUUAUUUCAAGCUCAAAAAGAGACGGUUCGUUCCGCUUUGGAAACUUGAAGCUGCUGCUGAGCCUAGAGAUCCAUCUCCCUCUUCCGAUGAUGACAUAGAACAAGUGCCGGUUCCAUCCUACUCGCAUGAUCCUGUCGAUUAUGUCUUAGACUACAUCCUUCAGCAUUCCGAGGCACAAACUGCGAUUGCUAGUGACAAGGAUAUAAUAGAUCUCUGUGAGGGACGAGAGCCCAGCGAGUAUCCGAUUCCUGAUGACAUACCGGCUUUUUUGGAAAGUCUGCAGCCAGCUAUUGAGAUUAACGCGGAAGGGCUGGGAAUGCUUACUUUGGAUGAGGCCGCCAUUGAUCCACCCAGUGGCUCUACUGAGGGUCAAUCUCAACAGACUGGUGCUGAAAACGCUCCGCAGGGUGAUGAACGAGGCAAUGAAGAAGGCAGUUCUUCGGGGCCCAAGCGAUUCCUGCUCAGCGACACCCUCCUACAGCUUCAGGCGAAUGAAUUCCGAGGUGGCGUGUGCGCACUCGCCUACUCCUUCCAGGGAGACUAUAUAGCUGGAGGGUUCGAGGACUCGACAAUCUUCGUUUGGUCUGCCGCAGACCGUCAUCAGCUCUAUGAACUACAUGGGCACACGCAAGCGAUCUGCUCGCUGGCAUUCUCGCCUACUCAUAUGGAGUUGGCUUCUGGUUCUCGCGACAACAUGAUCAUAAUUUGGGAUCCCGUUAUGGGCACGGAAAUCAAGCGGCUUGAGGGCCACGAGGGUUUUGUGAAUUGCGUCACGUAUUCGCCAGAUGGCAAGACCUUGGCCUCUGCGUCUGUGGAUUUCACCGUCCGGCUAUGGAAACUAGAGACGGGGGAAGAGAUCGCUUCUUCCGACGAGCACGAAGCAAUGGUUAUGAUGGUUGCAUACUCUCACGAUGGCUCACGAUUGGUGACCGCCAGCGCGGAUUGCGUCGCGCGACUCUGGAACGCCGAUACUCUUACGCCUAUCGCUGUGCUUGAUAGCCACGAGGCAGUCAUAUACUCCAUCGCAUUCUCUCCGGAUAACAAACGGCUGGUGACGAGUUCGGAUGAUGGAACAGUCAGAGUUUGGAGCGCAAUCAACGGGGACGAGUUCAUGUCAUUGGGCGAACAUACGGGGUCCGUGUGGGCGGCAGCGUUCUCGGCGGAUGGGCGAUAUGUGAUGUCUGUCGCGAGCGAAGGUGUGGUGAAGAUCUGCGAUGUAUUUGGCGGCGAGCUGGUGGAUACGAUAGAGGGAAGCGACGGCUUGGUGAACGCGGCGACAUUUUCUACAGACGGAAAACUCGUAGCUGCCGGAGGCGGAGAUCAUACGGUUCGUGUCUGGAAUACUGAGACGAAGGAAUGCGUGGCGACGUUCGGAGGACAUUCUGACAAUGUCACUCGCCUGCGCUUCUCGCCAGAUGCUAAGAAGGUUGUGUCUGCGUCGGAUGAUGGCACUGUUCGUGUGUAUACUAUCGGUCAGCAUUACGUGGCUGCCCCUGUAUGA